AUGGGCCGCGGGGCCGCCCCGCUCCGCCGCCUGCUGCUCUCCCUGCUCCUGCUGCCUGCCGCGGGGACGGGCGCACCCGGAGCCUCCUUAAUGCUGGGGGAACCGGAGACGGCGGAGGAGCUGACGGAGUACCGCGACCCUUGCAAAGCCGCUGCCUUUUGGGGAGAUAUCGCUUUAGAUGAAGAUGAUCUGAAGUUGUUUCAAAUAGACAGAAGUGUUGACUUAACAAAGCACUCAGACGGCAAUGCAAGACACACUUCAGGAGGCCUGGGAGAAGACGUGUCAAGUGAAAAUGCCACUUCAACCAACCACAGUGACAAAGCAGUUAAAAAGGACGGCAGGCAGAACACAACGCUUGCAAGGAGCCCGAAGAGGAAGGAAGCUGAAGACGAGUCUGGGAUGGAUGCACACUCCUCUCCCAGAUUGCGCAGGGCAACCACAUCCAGGGCUGAGAGGAUCUGGCCAGGGGGGGUCAUUCCCUAUGUGAUCGGAGGAAAUUUCACUGGAACCCAAAGAGCGAUCUUUAAGCAAGCAAUGAGGCACUGGGAGAAGCACACUUGUGUGACCUUUGUGGAGAGAACUGAUGAAGAGAGCUUCAUUGUGUUCACAUACAGAACAUGUGGGUGCUGCUCCUACGUGGGUCGCCGAGGAGGGGGCCCUCAGGCUAUUUCCAUUGGAAAGAACUGUGACAAGUUUGGUAUUGUGGCUCAUGAGCUAGGUCAUGUGGUGGGUUUCUGGCAUGAGCACACACGGCCUGACAGGGACCAGCACGUCACUAUCAUCAGAGAGAACAUACAGCAAGGUCAGGAGUACAACUUUUUAAAGAUGGAAGCUGGGGAAGUGAACUCACUUGGAGAGACCUAUGACUUUGACAGCAUCAUGCACUAUGCUAGGAACACGUUCUCCAGAGGAGUUUUCCUCGACACCAUCCUUCCCCGUCGUGAUGAUAACGGGGUCCGGCCAACUAUCGGUCAGCGUGUUCGCCUGAGCCAGGGGGACAUCGCUCAGGCAAGGAAGCUGUACAAAUGCCCAGCUUGUGGGGAGACCUUGCAAGACUCAACAGGUAAUUUCUCAGCCCCUGGCUUUCCAAAUGGCUACCCCUCCUAUUCCCACUGUGUCUGGAGGAUCUCGGUGACCCCAGGGGAGAAGAUUAUGUUAAAUUUCACAUCGAUGGACUUAUUUAAAAGUCGCCUUUGCUGGUAUGAUUAUGUGGAGGUGCGUGAUGGCUACUGGAGAAAGGCUCCAUUAUUGGGUAGAUUUUGUGGUGACAAGGUUCCUGAACCAGUAAUCUCCACAGACAGCAGGCUGUGGAUCGAGUUCCGGAGCAGCAGUAACAUCCUGGGCAAAGGCUUCUUUGUGGUCUAUGAAGCUAUUUGUGGUGGAGAAAUACACAAAGAUGCUGGCCAGAUCCAAUCUCCCAAUUACCCAGAUGACUACAGACCUUCCAAAGAGUGUAUCUGGAAGAUCACAGUUUCUGAGGGUUUUCACAUAGGAAUCACAUUCCAAGCCUUUGAGAUUGAGUGGCAUGAUGCGUGCUCCUACGACUACCUGGAGAUCCGGGAUGGCCUCACUGAGCAGAGCCCACUCAUCGGCCACUUCUGUGGCUACGAGAAGCCAGAAGACAUCAAAUCCAGUUCAAACAAAGUAUGGAUGAAGUUUACAUCUGAUGCAACCAUCAAUAAAGCAGGCUUUGCAGCAAAUUUCUUUAAAGAGAUGGAUGAAUGUUCCCUGCCGGACAAUGGUGGGUGUGAGCAGCACUGUGAGAACACACUGGGCAGUUACAAAUGCACCUGUGAGCCUGGCUAUGAGUUGACAGCUGAUAAAAGGAGCUGUGAAGCUGCCUGUGGGGGCUUCAUCACCAAGCUCAAUGGGACCAUUACUAGCCCUGGAUGGCCCAAGGAAUAUCCUACUAACAAAAACUGCGUCUGGCAGGUGGUAGCUCCAGCCCAGUACCGGAUCUCUCUGCAGUUCGAAGUGUUUGAGCUGGAAGGCAAUGAUGUCUGUAAAUAUGACUACGUUGAGGUUCGUAGUGAGCUGGCUUCUGAUUCCAAGCUACAUGGCAAAUUCUGUGGCUCAGAGAAGCCUGAAGUAAUCACGUCAUAUGGCAACAACAUGAGACUGGAGUUCAAAUCAGACAAUACUGUGUCCAAGAAAGGCUUUAAAGUUCACUACUUCUCUGACAAGGACGAAUGCUCCAAAGACAAUGGUGGUUGCCAGCAUGAAUGUGUCAACACAUUUGGGAGCUAUGUGUGCCAGUGCAGAAAUGGCUUCAUACUGCAUGAAAACGGCCAUGACUGUAAAGAAGCUGGUUGUGAGCACAAGCUGAGCGGUGCAGAGGGAAUGAUGAGCAGUCCCAACUGGCCUGACAAGUAUCCCAGCCGGAAAGAGUGCACCUGGGACAUCUCUGCAACACCUGGCCACCGGGUGAAAGUAACCUUCAGUGAGUUUGAGAUUGAGCAGCACCAAGAAUGUGCCUAUGACCACUUAGAAAUGUAUGAUGGGCCCAACAGCAAGUCACCUAUCCUUGGCCGCUUCUGUGGCAGCAAGAAGCCAGACCCUGUAGUGGCUUCUACCAACAAGAUGUUCCUCAGGUUUUACUCUGAUGCCUCUGUGCAAAGGAGAGGUUUCCAGGCCAAGCACAGCACAGAGUGUGGUGGGCUCUUAAAAGCUGAAGUACAAGCUAAGGAUCUGUACUCCCAUGCUCAAUUUGGGGACAUCAACUACCCAGGUCAAGCCAACUGUGAAUGGGUGAUUGUAGCUGAAGAUGGUUAUGGGGUGGAGCUAAUAUUCCAGAUAUUCGAGAUAGAGGAGGAGGCUGACUGUGGGUACGACUACAUGGAGAUUUACGAUGGUUAUGACAGCACUGCACCCCGUCUGGGACGCUUCUGUGGCUCAGGGCCUCUGGAAGAAAUCUACUCUGCAGGGGAUUCCAUUAUGAUUCGAUUCCACACAGAUGACACCAUCAACAAGAAAGGAUUUCAUGCCCGAUACAUAAGUACCAAAUUUCAGGAUGCAUUGCACAUGAGAAAGUAG